CCUUCCUCUCGGGGCUGCUGGAGUGCGGGGCCUUCUGCGGCAUCAUCUUCGGCUGGGCCUCCCUUGUCUUUGUCCUCAAGGACCUGGGCUACUUCAAGGACCUGUGCCAGGCCACCCCCACUGCCACCCCGAGCCCCAACACCACCCUGCUGCUGACCGAAUGCAGCCUCCAGGAUGAGCAGUUCUCCCUGGUCUUCACCAUUGGCUCUUUCAUGAACAACUUCAUGACCUUCCCCAUGGGCUUCAUCUUCGACCGCUUCGGCACCACUGCUGCCCGCCUCAUCGCCAUCUCCCUCUACACCAGUGGGACCCUGCUCGUCGCCUUCUCCACCCCAGAGCUGGCGGUGCUGCUCUUCCCGGCCAUGUCCAUGAUCUCGGUGGGUGGCAUCCUCCUCAUCCUCACCAACAUGCAG